GUAUGAACGAGUACGAGUCGACUGUAGGCAACUGUAGAUCCCAUGGAUUCCAUAGAAACUGAUAGAAACGCGCCGAACAUGUGACGUAUUAUGACGAUCGUGACACGAGGAAUGGCACUAAUUAGGCACUAAUGGCACGGGGGCGGGACGGAACAGCUGAUCUUCGCCGCGUUCCACGACAUCGUCCUUCCUCAAUCGACGACAGCUAAUUCGUCAAUUGCCAUCGGCGUCGAGACGGUGGUCGCCGAUUGGAUUGGACGAGCACGCGACGGAGACAAACAGACAGCUGGCGCGCAUCCGUGACUGACUUCACUUGACUACCGAAUCGAACCGAAUCCUCUCCGAGGCCGCGAGUUGUGCUAGGCGGCCACGUGAAUCUGCGUGAAUUAACCCCUUCCCCCCUCCCCCGCCGACUACUCCCCGUCACCCGCUGGGACAUUUUUAGACGGCUUGGACUGGCUUGGACGGCCGAGAGCUCGGUCUCACCUGUCUCGUGUGGUCUACUCUGGUUCGGGUCCGGACGGAUUAUCGGGAUUAUGGCCAGCCCGGUGGUCGGCACCGGAUAUAAUUUCAAAGUGGUUUUGCUCGGCGAGGGAUGCGUCGGCAAGACCUCGGUCGCCCUUCGCUACGUCGAGGACAAGUUCAAUGACAAGCACAUCACCACGCUACAGGCGUCGUUCCUGAAUAAGAAACUGAAUAUCAAUGGGAAGAGAGUAAACUUGGCAAUAUGGGAUACUGCCGGACAAGAGAAAUUUCACGCAUUAGGACCAAUUUAUUACAGAAUGUCCAAUGGUGCCAUUCUCGUGUAUGACAUUACGGAUGAGGAUACCUUUCAAAAGGUAAAGAACUGGGUGAAGGAGCUUAAGAAGAUGUUAGGUAGCGAAAUUUGUUUAGUGAUAGCAGGUAAUAAAAUGGACCUAGAAAAGGACAGGAAUGUUGCUGUAGAAGAAGCCGAAGAGUAUGCCAAACAGGUAGGAGCUAUGCAUUUUCAUACAUCCGCCAAGCUGAACCAGAACAUCGAAGAGAUGUUUUUGGAUUUGACGCAACGCAUGAUGCAACGUACAGAUGAGGCUGAGCAAAGGUCCACGCUCACGAGGACCAAUAGUACGCGUCGCAAUGUUGUGAUGGUCGAGGACAAGGCAGAACAAACUCAAUCGAGUAGAAGUUUCUGCUGUGGCGGUGGUGGUAGUAGUAGUAGUGGUGGUAACGGCGGUAGCGGCGAUAACGGCAGUUUUUCAUAGAUCUUUAAAAUCAAUUUACGUUCGAUCGCAGAUGCAAGGUCUAAUUUCAGUAAUCCACAAAUUAUGUACAAGAUGGCGUAUCUCAGGUGUGACAAGUUACUGUCGAUUGUCAUAUUACAAAUAUUUCAUCUUGUAUGUAUACGAGGGGACAAGUGCGUUACAUAUGUAUGAGUGUGCACGUGUAUGACUAUAUAUAUAUAUGUAUGUAUAUUUUUAGCUGCAGCCUUUCAUUGCCUUUUGUGAACAUCGUGGGAUAAGCCUCCUUUUCCUAGAUUUGCCUCUCAAGUAUUUUCGUCGUCUUGACGAGAUCUAUCUUUUGAAAUGAUUCCUUAUUCACAGCAAUCGCGAAGCAACGUAUAAUGUUGCUUCUUUCUAAUAAAUCAUUCCAAAGGCUACUUUGUUUCAUGUGUGUGUGUGUGUGUUUUUCUAUUACUUAAAUCAUGCGUUCAUAAUGAUGAAGCAGUCUGAAAUAUCAAUUUUGCCAUCUAUUGUAGCUGUUUUGAACUUCUGAAUCUCCGUGCAGUCGUAAAAAUUUUAUAAAAAACAAAAAGGAGGUGAAUGCCUCAUAAAAAGCAAAAAGGAGGUGAAUGCCUCGUCCAGAUCAUUAUCCUGUUUUCCCAGUGCCGUCUUUCGAUAUAUGUUGUAAUCUUUGCAAUUCACAAAUUGCUUUAAGUUGAUUAACUAAAAAUUAGGUAAUUAUUAAACAGCGCGGUCUCGUCGCGAGACGAGAGUAUUUUUAAGGAAGAAAUAAAAGAAGACUUUCGGCUUUUAUCCAAAAUGAUAGUUCGAGUUAUUGUAUAUAUUAAGUGCCGAUAAUUUUUGUUGUAUUAAUUUGGAUCGUAUAUAUUAAGUAACAUGCAAUAUGUUUAUUCAUCUCAAGUUAUAUAAAU